AGGUAACAUGACAUUACAAGUCCUCAUAGAUCUGGAUAGAAAAUCACGGACAAGAUGAAAGCGGUUCCAGGUUGUAUCGAUGCCCUGGACACGAUUAGACCAUCCCAGUUGUCCGGUCGUAGCGUCCUGAUCACAGGCGGAGGAUCAGGCUUCGGAAGGCAAUUGGCGAUCAUGUGUGCGACUGCAGGAGCGGACGUCGUGAUUGGUGACUUGAACACCAAAGGAUUAGAAGGCACGAUCGACCUGUGUCGAGGGUUGUCAGGAUCCUGUCAAGCUCCUUCGGAAACUUCGGAUGUGACUGUCGAAUCAUCACUCCGCCAACUCUUCGCAUUCGCUCAAGCUACAUUCGGUCGGCCAGCCGACGUCGUUGUCGCCAAUGCGGGUAUUACCGAAGUUGGAAGACUCUCGGAAGACGUCGCUCUCAAGAACGAGCUGGGCCGCUACCCAAAGGAACCCAACCUUCUCACCAUGAACGUGAACUUUUCGGGAGUCCUCUUGACCGCUCAACUGGCAGAAGAAGCAUGGAAAUCCGAGCCUUCAACCGAACACAAUCGUCAACUCGUCCUCCUGGCUUCUAUGGGCGGACACAGUGGGAUCCCUGGGGCGCCUCUCUACAGUGCCAGUAAACAUGGCGUGGUAGGACUCUGGGUAGCUUAUUGUGCGAAACUACGCGCUUUGCCAGAACCUACCUUCUCCUGCCAUGCGAUCUGUCCUUUCUUUUCCUUCACUGGAAUUCUGGGUCGAGCGGUCUUCCUUGCAUUGGCAGGGCUUUCCGUGGUUCAGCCCGAGACCGUUGCCUCGACAGUGCUACAUAUCGUGCGGGAUACCUCUCUGAAUGACGGACUCGGGUCUAUGUACUGCUUGCCCGACCACAAGGAGCCUCUCGAAUUCAGCACAGACUACGUUGGACCGCUGGACCACUCUUUCUACCAAGAAAUCACCGAGACAAUCAGGCAACGCCAGAAAGUUUACGAUGACCCGGAGUACGUUCAGUGCCGAGACGACGAGAUCCUUACCGCAAUCGGAACCAACCGUGCCGAUGUGCCUUUCAUUGCGUUACUUGUAAGUCCUUCAGUAGCGAGCAUGGCCAUGAAAAUGCAGUUGCUCAAAAAUUCCUUGUUUGCAAGUCCGGAUAUGUGAUCUGGCAGGCAGCAAAGUUUUGGUACGGGCUCAAUGCCUUUAGUCUGAUAGCUCUCGGGAUCGGUCUCACCGCCUUGCAAGAUGGAGCCCCCAAGAUGGUUCUCACCGCUCUACAGAAGCGGAUCACUACAUUCCAGGAGGCACACAAGCACAAUAAGCUCAAGACUACUUGAUCCGCAUUCCGGCACACGACGA